AUGAGGGUUCCCUUCAGAGAGGCUCUCCUCUCCCCUCAACCUACUGACGAGCCUCUGGUAGUAUGCCCUAGUGGCCCCAGGUCAGGUGGUGGAGACCAUGGAUGGAGGUUUUCAGGGCAUCGGCUGAGCUCGUGGCAUGCCCAAAAGGCUUGUGAACAGCAAUUUAGUCAUACGGCACUGGAGCCCUUGGAUAGCUUACUGACUCCACAGUUGCUCAACCCCAUCUGGGUGGGCCAAAGAGAGGCCCUUCUGUGGAGACUCCCACCCCAGUGCCGUGAGUUUGGGCCUAGGGUGCGAGAGCACCCGCAGGCUCUGACCGCGUGUGCGCAAGUGCAGUGGGACCCGGCCUCGCCCCACGCGGCGGUGCUCUUCUCCCAGGCGGUGUCUACACCGGCCAAUGCGCUGCAGCUGCGAGCCUUUGCCGAGCCGGGCGGCGUCGUACAGGCCACGCUAGUGGUGCGCAGCCACCAUGCACCCUUCCUCCCCGCCUUCCGGGACGGCCGCAGGCACCGCGUGUGCUGCACAGGGAGCAGCUUGAAGCUGGGCGUUGUUCGCCGACGCGAGGCGGCGCGAGGGGAAGAGGGGGUGGGCGCCGACCAUCGGGUGCCCCCUGGUGGCAUCCUCCCUAGCGGCAUCCAAGAUCUGGACCCCAUCGCCCCCCAAGGCGGCUUCUCGCGGCCUGACGCCUUCAGCGGCAUCCUCACCCACUUUAAUUUGUGGGCCCGGGGUGCUGAGCCCCGCGCAGUCUCCUCCUUCGCUGGCACCUCGGCGCCCUGGACUGCCCUCAGAAGAAGGCCCUUCGUGCCUUUGUGGGACCUGGGGCCAGGCACCAAGAGCUCUUCGCUGUGUCUGCAGUUGCUACCCUUUCUCUGCUACCAGACAAGUGCUUCCUGCCCAGGAUCUGCUGAAGAGAAGCUGGGCUGUGGAGCUGAUGGCAUUGAAGACUUCGAGUACGGCUCUCCACGUUCGGGACUCCCCUUGACUCCACAGCGCAGCGCAUCUCCAGGAACAAGAGAACCGCUGCGGUGUGAGCGCUUCAGUGUCAGCGCCUUUGUCUCCGCUGAAUGGGUGCGUUGCUAA